GCCAGGCUCUGUGCAGCCCCCACCCCGGGUCCCCUUUCAUGCAGCCCGGACCAGGGCACUGGGGUGUUAUCUGCUGUUCCCGUGCUCGGGGCUGUCUGCCCGGCAGAUCUGGAGAAGAAACCAUCGCCUCCGUGCUGAGAGCUGCCCAGGCCCUGUGGCCCUUCGCCUCCCUCCGCAGGGCUGUGCGGACUGACCCGCAGCGGGGACCCGCCCGGGAAGGGUCCAGCGCCGGCUGCAGGGGGUGCGCGGGGGUCACCCCGUCCCCUGCCCCGUAUCGGACAUGGCUCCUCCCUGCGCUGGGUGCGGGGAGCUCGUGUCCUCCCAGCCGCAUCGCCCUGGCCCCGGCGAGCCGGGCCCGCUGGUUCCCCGGCAGAUCCGGGCGGGCUGUGGGUCCGUGGCCGCCGCCUCCCGCUUGGCCCGGGCCGAGAGCAGCGUGGCCGGAGCCGCCGCCUCCCCGGAGCGGCCGCAGCCGCCGGCCCAGCGCCGUGCCCGGCAUGGCCGGGGCCCCGCGCCUCCUCCUGCUCCUGCUGGCGCUGCCGCGGGCCGGGGAGCGCGGCCGGGCCGGGCCGGGCCGGGGCGGGAGGGCCCGGGAAGGGCGCGGGCAGCGCCGAGCUCCCGGCAGGGCGUGCUCGACACACUGCAGGUCUAUGAGCAGCUGCCCCAGCCCACAAUUCACUGCAGUGCCAGGAGUUGUGUGAAUGGACCCUGUACCAUCACCCUGAACUGCACAGUCCCUAAUGGUGGCAACGACAUGACCUACAGCUGGAGCACUGCAGAGCCCCACAAUAUGACUGCUCAAUGAUC